CGGUUACAAUGUGUUAUGCCUUGUACUGCUCUUUCACAGUGUGUUGGGUUUGAUAUCAUAGAAAGCAUAUCAAAAACGUGCCGUCUUCUGCGUGGAUUUACCGCUCUUAUAGCAUCUCACACGGCAUCAGAAGCCGUCAGAUAUGAGAAGUUCACUGAAAUCAGUAUUGGCACAGAUUCUUAUUGCUCUGUAAAAUUGGCAAAUGGGCAACGCAUUUCUACCUUAUGUAAUCAGGGAAAUCAUCAAUGGAUGCUCAUUCAGAGACGGAUUGAUGGAUCCGAGAAUUUUUGGAGAAAUUGGAUGGAAUAUGAAAACGGCUUUGGAUCUCAUGACUCGGAGUUCUGGUUAGGUAACCAAAACAUCCAUGAAUUAACAAAUGAUGGGUAUACGUAUCUUAGAAUCGAAAUGGUGGACCAGGACUGUGUUUGGAAAUAUGCAGAGUAUUCAACAUUUUAUGUUGAAUCUGACAGCUUUAAAUAUAGACUAAACGUAACUGGUUAUUCUGGAGAUGCAGGAGACAGUAUGUGGAAGCAUGACGGAAUGUACUUCACCACAUACGACAACGACAACGAUAAUUGGGGGGGGGGGGGGAACUGUGCAACAACAUAUCAUGGAGCGUGGUGGUAUAACGCAUGUCACUGGGCAAAUCUUAACGGGGAAUAUGGGAACACUAAAUUUGGCGAAGGGGUCAAUUGGAAUUCCUGGAACGGUGUCUUUUACUCCAUGAAGGAAGUUAGAAUGAUGGUUCGAAAAUCUUAGGGAUGCAACCUAUUAAGAACUCAUCAAACAAGGAUCGUUCAUAUAUUUUAAAAACAAAUAUGCUUGAAAAUAUUCA